CCCCCGGCCGUGGCCCUUCAAUUGGUAACGAGGCCCCCAGUGUGCUGAGCGCGAGUUGCAGUCGGUAAAAGGAAGAUUUCAACAUGGCGUCGAGCGACGGGGACGACUCUCUCUAUCCUAUAGCUGUUCUUAUCGACGAACUGCGAAAUGAAGAUGUACAGUUGAGGCUGAAUUCAAUCAAGAAAUUGUCGACCAUCGCUUUGGCUUUAGGCGUGGAGAGGACGAAAACUGAACUCAUUCCAUUCCUAACAGACACAAUAUACGAUGAGGAUGAGGUGCUGUUAGCUCUAGCUAGUCAGCUUGGAACUUUCACACCACUUGUUGGAGGACCUGAGCAUGCUCACUGUUUACUGCCUCCCCUUGAAAAUUUAGCUACAGUUGAGGAAACAGUUGUUAGAGACAAGGCGGUAGAAUCGCUGCGACUUAUAUCUGCGGACCUUUCAACACAAGACUUAGAAAAUCAUUUUGUUCCCCUCCUAAAGCGACUUUCACAAGGUGAUUGGUUUACCCUCCGAACAUCAGCAUGUGGCCUGUUCUCCGUGUGUUACCCUCGUAUCAAUGCAAAUAUGAAGGCGGAGCUAAGAGUUCAAUUCCGUAACCUGUGUAAUGAUGACACUCCCAUGGUCAGGCGGGCUGCGGCAGGAAAACUUGGGGAAUUUGCCAAAGUGAUGGAACUGGAGUUUGUCAAGUCUGAGCUGGUGCCGCUAUUCACAAACCUCUCAUCAGAUGAACAGGACUCAGUAAGACUCUUAGCUGUUGAGAACUGCCCACAGAUCGCUCAAGUGCUUCCUCAUGAAGACAAGGAUUCAAUACUCAUGCCUACAGUCAAAUCUGCUGCCUAUGAUAAGUCAUGGAGAGUGCGUUACAUGGUCGCUGAUAAAAUAACUGAAUUACAAAAGGCUGUUGGACCAGAGAUUACCAAGACUGAGCUAGUUCCUGCUUUCCAAGUUUUAUUGAAAGAUUGUGAGGCUGAAGUCAGGGCUGCAGCUGCUGGAAAAGUCAAAGAAUUUUCAGAGAGCCUGUCAUCUGACAUCAGAGAGUCUGUGCUUAUGACAAACAUUUUACCAUGUGUAAAGGAAUUAGUGAUAGAUCCCAAUCAACAUGUCAAAUCAGCUCUUGCCUCUGUCAUCAUGGGUCUCUCACCACUGCUGGGAAAAGACAACACAAUAGAGCAUCUCUUACCACUGUUCUUAACCAUGUUGAAAGACGAGUUCCCUGAAGUUCGUUUGAACAUUAUUUCUAAUUUGGACUGUGUCAACCAAGUUAUUGGAGUUCACCAGCUCUCUCAGUCCCUACUGCCUGCGAUUGUCGAGUUGGCAGAAGAUACAAAGUGGCGUGUUCGCCUGGCCAUCAUAGAGUACAUGCCCCUCCUUGCAGGACAGCUAGGGGUGGACUUCUUUGAUGAGAAACUCAACACUCUUUGCAUGUCAUGGCUUGUUGACCAUGUUUGCUCCAUUCGUGAGGCUGCCGCAAUCAACCUCAAGAAAUUGGUGGAGAAGUUUGGCCCGGAGUGGGCUCAGCAACAAGUGAUUCCCAAAGUACUGGCAAUGGCAAGGGAGCCAAACUACCUUCAUCGACUCACCACCCUCAACUCCGUCAGUGUGUUGGCUGAUGUUUGUGGGCCGGAGAAUAUUAGCAAACUGAUGCUUCCUGUUGUUCUUAAUCUGGCUACUGACAACGUAGCUAAUGUCCGGUUCAAUGUGGCUAAAACUCUGCAGAAAAUAGGACCUCUUUUAGAUGCUAGUACCAUUCAAGCACAAAUCAAGCCGUGUUUGGACAAACUGAAUGCAGAUGCAGAUGUGGACGUCAAGUACUUUGCACAGGAGGCUCUCACAGUCAUGUGAAUGUAAUCUUAGCUGAACGACUGAGUAGUACUCAAUGCGAGCAUUCUGAGCCCUUGGCCUAUAUACUGUGGGUCAAUACCAGGUGCUGGAUAACUGGACAGCAUACCAUCAGGUGCCAGGAAGUGGAACCUCAUUCUCUACCAGACACUACCGGAAAUAUGCCCGAGUGUAGUACUGCAGCAUUUUUUACUUGUAUUACAACAGCAUAUCUAAACUGUUCCCUUGGAACGGUGUUCUUCUCUCUAAAGCUUCAACGCCCCCUAUUGUACAGCUCUUAUCAUCGACUGUAGGACUAGAUGUUUCUUUAGCUUAAAUCUCAUUUCAUGGAUAUAGUGACAGAUAUACGAUUACGCAGAUUUUGUAAUUACCUCAAAAUUGCGCGGCAGUUCGCGUGUUAACGAAUUUCAGUGACUCGCUCAAUGCGUGAACUUAAUUAUUGUGUUCUAGCUUAUUUUGUAUUGUAUAAGUAUUGUACUGUAGUUUCUUGUAUUCUAACACCAUGGCUGUCCUGGGAAAUGUUCACUCACUAAGGUAUCGAAUUGCAUAGCCUCUACGGGUUAGAAUACAGGGAUAACUGGAAUAGCAGGCAGCAAUGCCUCGUACAGAACGAAUAAAAACCAUAUAAUAAAAAAA